GUUCGAAUGGUCAGUGUGACUGAACUAUGAAAUGAACUUUUCCAUUUGGGAGGAACGUGCAUUUAAUCCGAUUUGACAUCUAUGCUACUGGAAUGGUCUUUCCGCAGAACGCUCAAACGAUCUGCUGUUGUGAUCCGUGCAUUGUUGGCGCGUUGGGAAAUCACGUGGGGAAAUUCCCUGUCCGCAGUAAGCUCAAUAAAUACCGCGAGGAGCCAUCCUUCAGUCAGAUUGCUCUAGUAGCUCGACUGAACUACACAGCUCUACAUCGAAGCUGAGGAUUUAACCACACUUCUCUACGAUUACAAAUUUCCCAAAACCUGCAACAUGGAAUUCAACACUGUUUGCAUUGACUUUAAAAAGACCCCAGGCUACGACCACGAAGGGAUGCAGCUGGAGGUGUCCCAGCACUCGCACGGUUUUCGCCGUUUCGCCAACAUCGUCGUCGCCGUGCAGCGAAUGAAGCACAGCCACGCUCCCCGCGGCACGGAGUUCAGCGACGACGAGCUGAUCAGCAUCCUGCUGGAGAACGUGAUUGAAGAGCGCGUGACGCCAGUGGUGCUGGUGGACACUAUAGAGAGCAGGCCCAGUGUGUUCAGGAGCACCGAGGUAGUAACGCACAGCGUAUGCGACCGCGAUCAGAAGAGCUUCAUGCUGAAGCAGGCUCCCCUGGAGCUGCAGGCGGUGGUGCUGCAGGGCGGCAACAUGGAUCUCAAAGUGAAUUUGAACCUGUCGACCUACGUGUCCCGCAGCUUCACUGACAGCCAGAGACGACCUGUUGCUUUGGGGAUCGCAGGAUGCAAUCUCUAUCUGUCCUGCUCGGAGGCUGGGGGAGACCCCAUCCUGCAGCUGGAGGAGGUCACCGACGCGGACGUGCUGAAGACCAUCGACGCGCAGGGGGAGAUGGCUCGCUUCCUCUUCCUGAAGAGGGACGAGGGCUUCGGCGCCACCACCCUGGAGUCGCUGAAGUUCCGCGACUGGUUCAUCAGCACGGCGGUGGAGGACAGGAGGCCCGUGGAGAUGAGCAAGGAGGAGGCGCCCGCGCGCCUCACCACCUUCGCCGUCAAACCGCUCUGAUCUCCUACGAGGAUAACAAGCCUCCGCAGAGACACGGGCCGUGCCACGUGCUCUCACAACCGGUCAAAAAAAACAAAACAAUUCCCCAACCCCGUUCUUCGUAUGUACUAAGUACAGCCAUCGCUGGGGGCGUUUAUUUAAUAUUUAUAUUUAAGUAUUUAUUUGAUACUUUUUGAGUCUGUCUCAAAGGAGGUUCAGCCACUAGGUGGUGCUGUCUGGUCUUUACUGGCCAGCCUGUUUGUGUGAAAUUGGCUUGUGUUCCAAGAUCUUCACAUUCCACAUGGAAAUGGCCUUUUGUAAAAAUUUAUAUUUAUUUAUUAUUUAUAUUGCGCAUUUAUUUAUUAUUAUUUACUAAUUAUUUGUGAAUUAUGAACUGUAAUUUAAGCAUUUUAAAUUAUUUAUCGGACAGGUCAGCUUUAAUGCACAUGGUGUAUGUAGUAAUGUGUCAUUUUGUAAUAAUAAAUUUUUUUAUGAUUCCUAA